CUGAACGUCUUGACACUGAGCUUGGUGACGAGUUGAGCAAGUUUGUGGCUACUCCCUGCUUUGUGGUUAUAGAGAGAAGAUUGUGUUUUUCAGGGUCGUGCUUUUCUUCCACAUUAGAUGGACUGCCAUUCUGGGAAGAUGGUUACUUUAGCCUUGGAGAUGGAUGUGUGGAAAAACAGGUAACCAGUGAUAAGUCUCCCGGCCAUGAAUCUGAUAGUGGUUUAUCAAGUGUGUACAUGUCGGAUGUUAUGAGCCCACUGUCUCUGUCAUGCGAAGAUAUUGUGAUGGACUUUAAACAUUCUGACAUGUCUGAAAACUAUCAAGGAAUGGAGUUGACAGAGGAAAAGCCUUUAUUUGAUGCCGAUCCAGACUUGCUGUCAUUUCUGAUGAGCCCUGAUGGAGAAGGUAACGUUGAGGACAAACCAGGUAGCCAUGUUGAGCAGAGUACGACAGACUCUGAAUCAUUAGACUAUAAUAUGAAUGUGAAGGAAACUAAAAGUUUUGAAAAUUCAUACAACGUGAUUACAAAUCAUAUUCCAAAGCCAUCCAAAUCCCCUGUGGUGCUGUGUGAAAAAAUAGACAAAGUGGCCAACACCAUGACAGAGGCCAAUGACAAAAUCGUUAUUACCCCGUUGUCCACCAAAAACUCGGCUGUUAAAGUAGUUAAGUUGGUGACCCCUAUAGCUGUGGGGAAAUCAGUCACCACUGAAGAAGUUGUGAAAGCUAUUGAAGUUAAAAACAAGAAAAACGCUCAAAAUGCCAAAGUGAAUCGAGAAAAAAAGAAGACCUACAUAAAAGGUCUUGAAAAUGAGGUUGAUGGCCUCAAAACUGAAAAUAACUCAUUGAAGGAGGAAGCAAAGGCACUUAGGAAAGAAAAAUGUGCACUGGAAGAGGAGGUGUCUUAUUUGAAAUCUGUGCUUGCCAAUGAAAGCAGUUUAUCAGCUUUGCUACAGAACAUUCCAUCUGUGAAAAAAGUGAAAUUAUCAUCUUCAUUCUUGUCUUCAAAGAGAAAUGCUGAGGAAGACCAUGACUACAAGGGUGCUGCAAAAAAGCUCAGGAAAGGUGGUGUGUGUUUACAUGUGGAGGGAGAGAAUGUCUCCUUGGAGUUUUGUUCUCGUUGUGCUAAGAUGGCAUCCAAGAGUGGUGUAGAUAAGUGACUGAUGGCUUGAAUGCUGAAACUGGUCCAGACAUUCACUCAUGUUGCAGCGACACACAGACCAGAUCAUCAACUUAGUUAUGCUGGUGGCAAGUGGGGCUACUUCAGAUCCAGCAGCACAAGACCUUGAGAUGACCUGAGGCAGUGGGUUCCCAGCAAAGCUUUGUAUCAAUGAAAAAAAAAAUG